CAUCACUUCCUGCUUUGAGAUCAAUGAUGGCGGUGUCCAUGGCUGCUCAGGCACAUUGACAUCGCUAGCUGGUUUGCUUGGGACGUCCUGGAUAUUAAACCUUUUAUCGUCUGUUAGUUUCUUUUUUUCUUAGGAUAUUAAUCCCAGUCUUUGUAAAUAAAAAACUGACAAAGCUGACUGCAGCGUUGACCAUGGCACUUCAAAGAUUGACCUUCAGACUACGGCAAACGGUAUCACAUGUUAGGACUCUUCAUACCAGCGGAUGCCUGCAGCAAGAACCUUUGGCCUUAGAGUCAGAGCCUGACCCUCCCUCCAUCUUCAGAACCCGAGAAAGUAACCCGGCAUUUCACUCUGAGGACCACAUCGGACAGUAUUACACUCUGCCUCCCUCGGACAUUCGCACCGUGUUUCCUCAUGGUUUACCCUGGAGCUAUCGAAAACAGGUGAAGACGUUCAACGAAGGCUGUGUGAUGGUCAGGCAGCCUGCUCUGGAGGUCAUCUCCUCCCUGAAGAAAGCGGACUACAGCAAACCUGCCAUAAGAUAUACUUUCUAUGGUGUAGGUGGCAGCGGGAAGACGAUGUCGCUGUGUCACACAGUUCACUACUGCUUCACACAGGGAUGGCUGGUGCUGCACAUUCCUGACGCCUUCAUCUGGGUGAAGAACUGCAAGGAGCUGCUGCCCUCGUCGUAUAACAACUCUCGCUUUGAUCAACCUUUGCAAUCUGUAGAAUGGUUACGCAAUUUCAAAAUCACAAACGAGAAAUUUCUGUCAAAGAUAAAGACAAAGCAUCGUUAUGUGUGGACAAAGAGAGAGUUCACUGAGGAGGGCAGUCUUCUGGGACAGCUGGUGGAACAGGGCAUAUCUCGUGUGAAGAGCAGCAGUGACGUGGUGGGGGCGCUGAUAAAGGAACUGAGGCUUCAGAGUGGACAACCAGAGUCCGUCUUCCGUCUCGCUGUGGCCAUAGAUGGUGUCAAUGGUCUGUGGGGAAAGAGCACCAUCAAGAAGGAGGAUAAGAGCAUUGUGGAACCACAGGCGUUGACUGUAGUCCAUAACCUGAGGAAGCUAAUGAAGAACGACUGGACUGGAGGAGCCGUCAUCACCACUGUCUCUCAGACUGGGUCUCUUUUUGUCCCCAAGUCAGUCUACCUGCCACAUGAGCUGCUGGGAGAGAGCGGCUUUGACUGCAUGGACCCGUUCGUCCCCGUGUCGGUGCCCAAUUACAGUGUCAAAGAGUUUGAAAGCUGUUACCUCUACUACAUCGACCGCAACUGGCUGCAGCUCCCACAGAGCCGAACAGAGAAUGGGAAGAAAGAACUCGUGAGCUUCUCCGACAUUAACCUGUGA